AUAAACAAUUGACUGAUGAAAUUUAAGCAACUCUUUUGUAUUUGUCUCCAAACUGUUGAUCCUACUUGACAAAAAUGAUUGCUACAAGUGCCAGCUUUCAGGAGAGAAUCUCCAUCAAUGAGCAAAUACCAGUAUCAAAUAGACCCAGACGAAACUCCCUCGUGAUUGAUGCGAAAUUAGAAACGGUUAAAAACAAGCUUGCACAGGAACAAUGGAUAAAAGAACUGAAGAAAGAUGAAAUACAGUUUCAAGAUUUAACUGAAGAAGAGAUAGUGCUGCUGAGCCACAUUGCUGAUGAUAAUGGUUCCAACAAAAUAAUUACCAAUGUUGUGUUUACCAUAGAGGAUGACUAUUCGUUAUUACCAUACAUACUUAAGUGUAUUGAUGCUUCCAGUGCUUAUAUUCAACAUUUAGAAACAAGAGUCUCAAAGAAGGAGCAUGCAUCCGUAGAUGUUUUGGUUAAAAUGGCAGUGCGCAAAAAUGAACUAAUGAAACUAAUCAAGACAGUUAGACGAAAUGAAGAAAUAACUAUAACUGUCAUUUCGAACGAGAAAGUUUAUUUCCUCGAUAAAUGGUUUCCUAAACAUAUAAGCGAUUUAGACAAAUGCGCUCAUAUUCUGUCGAAGUUUGAACCAAAUCUGGACAGCAGUCAUCCGGGAUAUACUGACAUUGCCUACAGAACUCGAAGGAAGGAUAUAGCAUUGAAAGCUUUUAGUUACCAACAUGGACAACCUAUUCCUCAUGUUGAAUACACUGAUGAUGAAAUAAAAACCUGGAGUGCAGUAUACAAGAGAAUGAAGGCACUCCAUCAUAGACACGCUUGCAUGAGUUAUCAAAAGUCCUUCCAAUUGCUUGAGGAAGCAAAUAUCUAUAGAGCUGAUGCUAUACCUCAACUUCAAGAUGUUUCCACUUUCCUCAAAAGAGAAUCUGGCUUUACGCUAAGACCUGCAGCUGGUCUUGUAAGCGCUAGAGAUUUUCUGGCAAGUUUGGCUUUUCGAGUAUUCCAAUGUACGCAGUAUGUACGCCAUAAAUCCUCUCCGCAUCAUACCGUUGAACCAGAUUGUAUCCACGAGCUCUUAGGCCACAUUCCGAUGUUUUCAGAUCCUGCUUUUGCUAGAUUUUCACAAGAAAUAGGACUAGCUUCUUUGGGUGCAUCUGAUGAAGAAAUUGAAAAAUUAGCCACAGUAUACUGGUUUACUGUUGAAUUCGGAUUAUGCAAAGAAAAAGGAGACAUCAAAGCUUAUGGGGCAGCAUUGCUUUCUUCAUAUGGGGAACUUCUGAAUGCUAUGUCAUCGAAGCCUCAGGUAUUGCCAUUUGAUCCUAUCGUCACAGCAGUCCAAGCUUAUCAAGAUCAAGAAUUUCAGCCAAUCUACUUUGUUGCUGAAAGUUUUGAAGAUGCAAAAGAGAAAGUUAGGGAAUAUGUAAACUACCACAUGGAUCACCAACACCAUGUUAUUUAUGAUCCAUACACUGAGACGAUAGUGGAGAUUGAUUCCUUGACGAAACUAGAGAAGCUGGCAGAAUCCAUAAAAUCGGAUUAUUCAACUUUGAUGGCUGCGUUUCGUCAUUUGAAGUAGUUAAAUACUUAUAACUCUCUAUAAGACGCUCAAUAUAUACUUAAUUAACCGUGAACUAAAUAAAGCCAGACUGUAGCAUGAA